AUGCCGAAGUGUGAAUUUACAGAAAGUUCUCUGGUUGAACCACAGGCAGUGGGUGUGGUGUCAUGGGUGUCACUGCACCAGACCAUGGAAGAGAAGCCAGGUUACCUGGCUCAGGAAAUGAUGAUGCAAACUUGGCCUGCUACGGUAGGCCUGCACUUGCAGAAAUCCCCAGCACCCACUAUAAGAGGAGGCAGCUCACAGACAUGGAGCACUGCCUUCCUCACGCUGCUCUUCCUCACUGCGUUGCACCAGAGAGAAACCGUGACGAUGCUGAAGAUGCUGCUGAGCUGCUGUCUCGCUCUGCUGCUGCUGAGUGGACUCGUGGAGACUCUGAGCCUCAGCUUGGGCACCUGCAUCGUCACCGUUCACACACACGAGCUGCGCAAACAUUACUCUGAUCUGCGAUCCAGUGCGAUAGAAGGAGAUCACGAGAUCGGAGUGAAGCUCCUGAACAAAUCCUGGAUGGAGAACAUCCUGGAAGGACAGAAGUGCUGCUUCCUGCGGCUCCUGCUCCGUUUCUACGUGGAGAGGGUCUUCAGCAACUACGUGGCCCCUGAGUCCAUCCAGCAGAGAUGCUCCAGCGCUCUGGCCAACGCCUUCGUCACCAUCCGGAGGGACAUGAACAGAUGUCACUGCCACUGCGCGGAGGAGACCCAGAGGACCAUGGACGCCCUGCACGCCCAGUUCGUCAAGCUGCAGAUCAAGCCGGCCGCUCAGAAGGGCGUGGCGGAGCUGGACACUGUUCUGGACUGGCUGGAGGGAUGA